AUGGAGGAGAUGAUGGCAUUGAUCAAUGGUUUGAGAGAGGAAAAUGCGCGAUCUAGGGAGAGGGAAAAGGCUAUUCAACGGGAGAACGAGGAGAUCAGACGACGAGCUAACGAGAUGCAGGCGAUGAUAACAGUCAGUAUCAGACCGGUGGAGGAAGAUGUGAUGACGGAAGUCCCAAAGGACUUUAGACCUUUCUCGGAGGCUAUAGAGGUCGAGUCCAUCCCGAGGGACCACCGAGUUCCAACUCACGGGCACACUACUAAAAAUUGUUUUGUCUUGGGAAGACAGAUUGAGCGCUUGAUUAAGGAAGGACGUUUAAAAAAUUUUGUUGUGAAAAAAGAUGAUGGAGACUCGUCCGAGAGGAGACAUCGACAUGGAGGAGAUAGUGGGAGAAGAGAAAGGCACAAAGAAAGGUCUCUUUGCAAGGGCUCCUCAGCCAAGGGGUCGAAAAUUCAUCAACAAGCUAUCCACGGGGAUUUCAACACUAUAGCGGGAGGUUUCGCUGGAGGCAGUACCACAUCGACAUCUCAGAAACAAUACGCCCAUGCAGUAUCAACGGUAUCGAAGGUGAGACAACUAAAGCAACCACCAGUGCCAAGCAUCACAUUCUCGGACUCCGACUUUGAAGGGGUGUCUCCCCACAAGGACGAUCCCAUAAUCAUCUCAGCAAUCGUUAUGGGGUACAACGUGAAAUGCGUGCUGGUAGAUCAGGGAAGUUCGGCUGAUAUCUUAUUUUGGGAAGCUUUUGUCGGAAUGAAAAUACCAACUAACCAACUUAUACCUUAUGCAGGAACUUUAGUAGGUUUCGCGGGUGAUCAGGUCAUGGCUAGAGGAUAUGCUAAUUUGGAGACCACCUUCGGACAAGGCCCCCCACAUGAAGACCGUUACCGUCCGCUACUUGGUAGUGAACGCGCAGUCAUCCUAUAA